AUGCCGCGCUGUGACGAUCCAACCUGUACUUGCCAUCCGCCUCCCAAGAAGCCUCCAGUGAAGCCUCCAUGUAUUGAAAUUUUCCUGCGUGGUGCGGAAACCGAGCAGAUCUGCCAGAUACACCAGCCCGGUGAGCUCGAUGUGUUCUUCGACCUGAUCCAGCACACCAUGACGAUACGUGAGAUAAUCAAGAACUCCGAAACACGCAAAAUGACCCAUGUCACUUAUCUGAAGCUCGAGGCACGCACUUUCCACCUUGUCAAUCUGCAUGGUCUUGACGACAAUUCACUCUUCCUGAAGCUGCAACUGAAACAAGCAAUGUGUGCUGUCAAAGGACACAAGAUGCGCGUCAAGACGAAGCAUUUCGGGUUUAUGCCCGCAGAAGAAAGUAAAUUGUACACCAAGAUGUACUGCUGCGACUGGAAGGAACAAAAUAUCGAGGUUCUACUCCCCGGUGAACGGAUCCAUGGAUGGAAAACUGUGGCCCUUAUCUUGGGGACUUUCCACAGAAUCUCGAAAGAGCAUUGGUGUCUUCUAGUGAACAUGGCAGGGGCCCCAGAAGUGGCAGGCUUAAAUUGGAAACAAAUCGAGCGUCAAUUAUGGCCAAGCAAGGUUUCCAAGGAGUCGGACGUUGUUGAAGCGAAACCGAAGAAGGCCAUUGUCUCUUGA